AUGUCCGACUCGAACAGCAAUGGAUCAUCCUCUUCGAACCCAACGUCUUGCAACCCGCUAAGUGAUAUCGCAGGACCUGGGGUCGUGUACGCCACGAUCAUUCUCGCGAUGAUAUCAACCAUAUUAUCCAUCUUAAUGGUCCUCGUUCAUCCGCACUACAACCGGAGAUCAAGCUGGAUGUCAGGAAUCAGACUAAGCCACCACGGCAGACAAGGCAAAGUCGUUACCAUUUUGGAAGAUACCUUGAGAAGUCUGGGUAUCACUCAAUUGAUCACGGCUCUAGCGCUUGUGAUCAGUGCCAGGAACCAGUUUCUGCCGGAUGAGUUGGACGAUCCGCAUGCCGCUUUGGCCAUUUCUCAGGCGCUGCUGGCAAGUUAUAGUCAUAUGGCGCCGCUCGGCCUUCUGCUUGGAUCCGGAAAUAUCGGGAAGAAGUCGUUCUCGCUGAGAUUCCUGGCUAAUAUCACGACCAGUGUAUUGGCUACUAUAACAUACUUCCACCCGAGUCUUCUCGAUAGUAGCACCUGGCAGGAAGUGCUCGUUAUGGCCAUGUCAAUCCUCUCCUGCGGAAUGAUUGUGCUGUUGGAAGGCCUCCCGCUUUGGGAUGUCAUGAGUGUUCGAGGCAGGGCAGGACGGAAAGAUGUUGCAGCGGCUUCACCUCCGACCAUUGCUAGACUGGUGGUCGUGAUCAGCACUGUGUGUACUGCUAUCAUGCUUGGCUUGACGAUUUAUCUCAAGUUUUUCUCCAAGAUUCGCGGCUGCGACAUGUUCCAUGGCGAAGAUGGUGGCGAUGGUGAAUGGGGUUUCGGCCAGUGGUUGGCAAUACUCAUGCUUGCCGCUGUCGUGCUGUCAAUCAUCGAAGAGUUCACAGAUGUCAAAGUGCGCAAGUCCAAGAAGAAGCAUGCUAAGAUCCAUUAUGRGGGUGAUGAUGAUUAA